GCCCUGUCCCCCCCAGGUGACCCCCCCGAGGGGUCCCACUGCCCCUUCAUCGCUCUGGAGGGGGAGGAGCCCCCCUUUGUCCAGCGCGCGGCCCCCGAGCUGCAGGAGGACGUGACACCCCCCGAGCCGGAGCCCCUGGAUUGGCUGCUGGAUUUGGGGGACGCCCUCGAGGACCCCCCCGAGCGGCGGCUGGAGGAGAAUCUGCCCGAGGACGCCUUCCCGUACGAGGCGGUUUUUGGGGGGCGCCUGGCGGGGCUGCGCCGCUCCCACACCUACCGAGAGUUCACGGCCGUGGGGCGCCGGGCCCAGCACCCCCCGACCGCCUUUGUGGGGUCCCCCCCGCGCCUGAUCCAGCUCUGGUGCUCCAACGAUUACCUGGGCAUGAGCCGCCACCCCGAGGUGCUGCGGGCGGCCAGGGCGGCGCUGGCGGCUCACGGGCUCGGCGCGGGCGGCACCCGGAACAUCGCGGGCACGGCCCCGCUGCACGGGGCGCUGGAGCGGGCGCUGGCCCGGCUGCACCGGCAGCCCCGCGCCUGCCUCUUCUCCUCCUGCUUCGCCGCCAACGACACCGCGCUCGCCACGCUGGCCCGGCUGCUGCCAGGCUGCCACAUCUUCUCGGACGCGGGGAACCACGCCUCGAUGGUGCAGGGGAUCCUGCGCAGCGGGGCCCCCAAGCACAUCUUCCGCCACAACGACCCCCAGCACCUGGACGAGCUUUUGGGGCGCAGCCCCCCCGGCGUCCCCAAAAUCGUCGCCUUCGAGUCCGUCCACUCCAUGGAUGGUCAGUGCAGGGCACCCCAAAAUCCCCCAGGACACCCCAAAAGCCCCGGAGUUCCCCCCGGUUCGCCCCCAGAUCCCUCCCCGUUCCUACCAAAAUUCCCCCAAAUCCUCCCCGAUUCCGCCCAAAUCCCACUAAAUCCCCUUGUACCUCCCAAACCCUCUCGAAAUCCCCCAUUAUGGCCCCGAUUCCCCCCCAGCUCUCCCCAAUUCUCCCCUAAAUUCCUCCAAAUGCUCCGGAUCCCUCCCAAAUCCUCCCCAUAUCCCCUCAGUCCCCCCUUAAUACCCCCUAAAUCCCCCCAAAUCUGCCCAAUUUCCUCUCAAAUGCCCAAAUAU